CACACACACACAUAUGCACACACACACACACACAUAUACACACACACACACACACCUUUUCCUUUCUGCCUUUUCUAAGCCACUCCCUUUGUCCUUUUCACAUACAGCCUACUCCCCAGAGGACUGUGAGUGAUCCUCUGUUUGUGGGGGUCCGUUCAUUGUGUUUUAGUCUGUAAAUUUAUUUUAUUUUAUUUUAUUUUGUUUUAUUUUUGUGGUUGUAUGUGGUGUCUUGAUCAGAAAUGGCAGAGUUCCUGGACCAUAACUCUCCCUUCUCCAUCUCUGAGGGAAUCUACUACAUACUGGUGGCUAGCCUGGGAAUCCCAUCAAACCUGCUGUCCAUAGUGGUCCUCUGUUCCCAGCGCUGUGGCAUGUCGCGCAGCACAGUGAUCUACCUGGUUUCUCUGGCUCUCGUGGACACAGUCUUCAUGGUCCUGGGGGGGCUGGUGGAUGUUGGGGCCAGCUGGCAGGAGUCUGUGACCUCCCAGGCCCCUAACAGCCUCCUCUGUGGCUUCGUUACCUUUAACGAGCAGUGGACGCAGUGCAGCUCCCAGUGGAUCGUCACCGCCUUCACCCUGGAGCGCUACCUGGUGUCCCGGGGGCGGGGCCCGAGACCGGGCCUCUCCUGCCGACUCUCCCGGUCGCAGGUGGCGCUGGUGCUGGUGCUGGCGUCCGCGUUCGGCUCGCAGGUCCUCAGCCUCCCCUACUGCUGGCUGUACCAGGCCCCGGAGGCGACGGACGAGGCCGAGAGCUGGACCGCCGUAUCGCUGCUGUGGAGGAACGUGUCUCAGGUCCUGCUGUCGUCGCGGUGCCGGGUUCUCCACGCUCCCCGCGUCCCCGGCCUGGUCUGGUCCUACCUGCUGCUGUCCAGCUGGCUGCCCAUGAGCCUGACGCUGUCUCUGAGCGUGCUCCUGUCCCUCCACUUCCACAAGCGCGCCCGCUCCCUGGUCGCCCCGCGCAGCAGCGCCCCCUUCAGGGACGCCGGGUCGCGGAUGCGACGGUCUGGCCGUAUCCAGGUCGUGGUGGCGCUGGUGAUGGUCUUCCUCAACCUCCCCCACUAUGUGACGCAGGGCAUAAUGGCCGUCCUGUUGGAGCAGGCCAGGAGGCUGGAAGGGGCUCUGGGGGUGGCGGUGGGCGCGGCUCUGAUGCUGCAGUGGCUCAGCAUGGUCAUUCACUUCCUGCUCUACUGCUUCCUCUCAUCCGGUUUCCGCCGUGAGACGCUCGCCCUCCUGAGGCGACUCUGCAGGUGCAGCGCAGUGUCUCGAUACCCCUGGAGCAACCGCUGCACCCAGCGACCCCAGCGACCCCAACGUCCACCCACGAGUCAACCCUGUGAGGUGUGGCUGGUCCAGGAGGUUCCGGAUGACCACGGAAAAUGGCAGAGCUGAACAUCGCACCCCCCCCCCCCCUCCAUGCUAGAAUGUUAGCAGGACGGGCUGAAUGGGAGGUAAUGGGACUUGAGGAGGAUAGUGAUUAUGUUUUGGGUCAUUGAACUUACCCUAAAUGCAGACCGGGGUUAAUUCUUGAAGCAAAAUUUACAGCAUUCUAAUUUUAGUCCUUGGUUACCUGGGAAAAACUCACAGUACAGCUUGUUCUCAAUGACUUCCUGUCCUUCAGAGACUUAUGAGGAGUCUUACAUGAUUAUCAAGCGUCCCUAUAUGAAACUUCCCUGACAGUCCACUAGAUGGCAGAACGGACUCAUUGUUGCUCGAUCGCGCUUCUAGCCGCGAGGCUGUGACAGCGUUUUGAGCGCGCCCCAGGGUACAGCAGUGACGUGUGUGCAUCCAACUCUUUUAACGCCUGUUUGAAUGUGUGUGCAUCAAGCAUACACACGUGUAAUUUUGUGUGUCUGUGUAUCUAAUUUUUGUACGCAGAUGUUUAUUUUUGCGUGUACAAGUGAAAUGUUUGCAUGUUUGUGAAGUAGCCUACAUUUAAGCGCCAGUGUUGAUGUGAUAAAGGUAAACACAGCCAGCCUGGAUAUUGGAUUUAAUGCUCAAACGGAUCGUGACAUGUUCCGCCAAAACUCAUAUUUCAUAAAGUAUAGUGUGGGAAAUACAUUUACGGACAGGAAAAUGCCCUGUAAUAAAUUAUGUGAUGAAAACAAGCAGAGACAAAUGAGAUCUCAUUUUUUUCAAACGAUUUAAUUGAUAAAUUAAUAGCUGUCACUAGAUGACCCGUCGUAC